UCACUUCCUGUGGCGGGGCUACGUCACUUCCUCUUCAGCUGGGUGUUAGGGAGGCGAGUCCCCACGCGCAUUCAACAUGCGGAUUGAAAAGUGUUAUUUCUGUUCGGGCCCUAUCUACCCAGGCCACGGCAUGAUGUUCGUUCGUAACGAUUGCAAGGUGUUCAGAUUCUGUAAAUCCAAGUGCCAUAAAAACUUCAAAAAGAAGCGCAAUCCUCGCAAGGUCAGAUGGACUAAAGCGUUCCGGAAAGCAGCUGGUAAAGAGCUCACGGUGGAUAAUUCAUUUGAAUUUGAAAAACGUAGAAAUGAACCUGUCAAAUACCAGCGAGAACUGUGGAAUAAAACCAUUGAUGCAAUGAAGAGAGUUGAAGAGAUCAAACAGAAGCGACAAGCUAAAUUUAUAAUGAACAGGUUGAAGAAAAAUAAAGAACUACAGAAAGUUCAGGACGUUAAAGAGGUCAAGCAAAACAUCCAUCUUAUCCGGGCCCCUCUUGCAGGCAAAGGAAAGCAGCUGGAAGACAAAAUGGUACAGAAAUUACAAGAGGAUGUGGACAUGGAAGAUGUUUCUUAAAACCCUAACUGUCUGUAAGCAUUUCUUUUAAGUGCAUCUGGAAAUCUCCUUUGGAAACUUAGAACUUGUAAAUUAUUGAAUUUUUUUUUUUUUUUUUUUUUUUCCAUGUAAGGUCACUCAGAUGAAAGGGGAGUAAACACUUCUGUCCUACAUUGAUAUUUGCAGAACAGCAGAUAUUAUGGAUGCUAGGUUGCAUCUCAAUGUUAAACCUUCAGUGAAAGAUACACUUUUAUAAAUUAUGAAAACUAUGUAAAUACUGAAGUGAAUUGUGGACAUAAAAUGGUCAUGCCAUUUGGUUAAUGGCACUGGGCAGCAUUUAUGUAAUAAUGACAAAUUCAUGACUAGUAAUAUAUAUAAAAUAAAAUUUUCUUUGCAGUAAAAUAUUUCCUUUAUUAAUGUUCUGGAUGGGAUACAGCAAGGAACUAACAAUCUGUAUGAUAAUUAGCCUCAAGUAAUAUCUUUUCUUUUGAUUUUAAUAUUUCUGGUAAUGGUUUAUUAGCAUCUUAGAAGAACAUAAUGGCCCAAUAUGUUGAAGCCUAAUUAUGUUGGACUGUUUUGAUGUGGUUUAACUAUUGUGAUAGUCAUUUGUGGAUGUUGAGGGUGAGUUGAACAGUUUGUUCCUGAAAUGGCACUGUGUAAUUUCCACUUUGGAGAAUACUCAGUGAUAAGUUGACAUUCCUAGUAGAAUAAACUUUAUUUUUCCAUGA